AUGGAUGAAGUGAAUCGCUAUGGACGCAGCCAUCAGGUUCACUCUGCGAGCCAUUCGCAGAACCACCAUGAUCUCAUAUACAACGAACGAUCUCGAUAUUCUACUAACUUCCCCAGCGGCUUCAUACCACCUGUUGGAGCAUAUUAUCCAACGGCUCAACCAACUAAUAAAGCUGUUUUAAACCCUAGCGUCGACUACUUCAACAGCAACUACAUUAAACAAGUCCCUCCAUUAAAUGCCCAUCAAGCCAGCCACUACAUUCCAAGUAGAUCUGCUUACUCUCAUCAAAGUACCACCAUACCCGGAUACCAUCACCACCAGAAUUAUCCCCACAAUCAUACUCCCCAAUACGAAGAUCCCUAUCGACAUAGAUCCCGACAUCACACAAUUCAACAUCACUACAGCGAUGGUCAUCACGGCCAACAAAGCUAUCCCAAUUAUCCAGUUCCUGGUGCCAACCUCGCCUAUUCUCACAAUCAAAAGCUUUCCUUCAGUAAAUCUAUGAACGAUUUCUACACCCCGAAUGUUCAAAAUGCAAACCCAACACACCACUAUCCCAAUCCUUUACCAAAUCCAACAACCCCUACCGUACAUCACGCACCCCAUUUCGGUAUCAAAUAUACCUCCCAAACGAUCGUCCCACCGAUGACGCAGCAAAAACCUUUGAACCAUCAUGUUCCAACAACCCAAUCCUCGCAAAAAACCGCAAACAAUUGCUACUAUGAUACCCCAAAUCCUGUCAUAGACAUGAACCACCCCUUAGUCGAUCUGGAAGAGCAGAUAAACAGCGUAAAGAUCCUCAAGAGCAGUCGCGAUAACACUAGUUACGACAACAACAGCCUAAACUACGACUACCGGAUCGUCAUCUUCUACCCCAUCGUCCACCGAUGGCUAUGUUCUAAUGGGCCUCACAUUAGCCACACGCACUCCACCAACCUGACCAACUACGGUUACUCCACUAUGGAUGAGUUUGUCAUGGGAUCGCGCAAUUUUGCGCUUGAUGAAAACCUCAAAGACAAGAACCUGCGCGACUAUCUCAGCAGCUGGAACGAGACCGAAGAAGAGGACACAUCCGCUGGUGUGGCUUCUAACGCUGAAAAGAAGGAGUCCAACAAUAAUCAAUCGGCGCACGAAAACUUUGAAUCUUGUAAAUACCUGCAACAGGCUUUGGACGAACAACUUCCGCCGUUGCACAGCGGAGUAAUUGUGGCGAAUGUCCAGAACGGAACCGGUAACCUUCCGGACAUUCUAAUCGACCUUGAAAAGACCAAAGACGACAAUCCCAAAGUUGGACAAGAAACGACUGAAGUAGGCGAGAAGCUGUACAUAUUGGAAACGUACGACGUGCCCCACUCGGAGCUGAACAAAUAUAAACACCUCAGCGUAAUCAACGAGCUGCCGAAAAAUGUUGUUCCAAUCCACGACAGUGCAGAUUCACUGAAAUUCCUGGAGGAAAUCGAGUCCAACCGGGACAAGUACUACGAAACUGAGCUGGAAUCGGAAGUCGUCUACGACGAAAGGAAGAAAGACGAAGAGAAGAAGGCUGAACAGUCCAUGCCGACGAUCGUUCUCGAUGACGAUGAACCGGAAGAAGUGGACGAAGACAUCACUGAAAAUGUGGUUAAGGAGAAAACAAAAGUGGAAGAGCAACCACCAGUAGAUCAGGUUGAUCAAAUUGUGGAAAACAAAAUUGAAGCCGUACCGGAAGCGACAGUUGAACCGGAGAAGAAAACCGAUGACGACAGCUUCAAAGUGCCACACUACAUUCCCAAGUACCGCAAAAGGCGUUACCAGUUCGAUAGUUACGACUAUCCACGCUUUCCCAAGCGAGCUCGCCGUUCGAGCAUUGAAGAUUUCUUGCACUGUGAGGUGAAGCUGCCGAAACCGAAGCCGCCGGUUAGGUUUAACCCGACACAGUUGUUCAGCAUCUGUGUGGCGACACUGAACUCGCGCGAGUACAGGCGCUACGCAAAGGCGGAUUUAGCCAGACGGCAAGAGCUGGCGAAAAGAAGUUCAAUUGAGGGUGUUGAAGAGCAGACGGUUAAGGGUGAUGAACAAUUGCAAUCAGUUACAGCAGAAAAGAGUGAAGUGCGACGGAUAGAGCAGACUGAAGCGUUGGCGAAGAAAAGCUGGGUUCCAGAAACUACGGAAUGUAGAGAAACAACCAUGGAGAGUGAGCACGCAGCAACUUCACCGAUGGACAGUGAUGCAACCAUGGAAUGUAAUGACAACAGUGAUGAAGAAGCACACAUGGAGCCUCUACCUACAGUGCUACCAAUGGAAAGUGAUAUUUCAGCGAAGAGUGUUGAGACACAAUCGAUGGAUCGUGAUAUUUCUACGGAAUGUCAUAACGAAAAUGAAGAACCCGUCGAAUCUGUUCCGGAAUCACUUCCGAUGGACAGCGACAUUUCUUCAGAAUGUCAUGAUAGCAAUGAUAAAGAAGAACACAUCGAAUCUGUCCCAGAAACACCUCAAAUGGAAAGCGAUAUCCCUAUGGAAUGUCAGGACAACAUUCCUGAAGAGGAGCACGAUGAAGUACUAUCAGGAGCACCAUCGAUGGAAAGCGAUAGUUCUUCGGAACGUAAUGACAAUAAUGCUGAAGAGAAACACGACGAAGCUUUAUCCGAAGCGCCUUCGAUGGAAAGCGAUAUUUCUUCGGGAUGUCAUGACAGCAAUGACAAAGAGGCUUCACCAGAAGAAUCACCUCAGAAGGAGAGCCAUAUCUUCGAACAGCACGUAGAAGCUACAUCGAUGGAUUGUGAUGAAAGCAAUUACCAAGAAAAGGAGCAAGAGAGUUCUCCCAAAAGGACUAGAGAGGAAAUUCAACCAGAAGAACCAUCAUUGGAAAACGAAGUAUAUGUAGCUGCGGAGAUAAAAGAUCAAACAAAUGAAGAAGCGUCAUCGGAAGAUCAGUCAGAUACAUCGGAUAGUAUGUUUGACACAGCGGAAUCACAAGAAGUGAGUCUUGUGGGAGCUCAAAUGGAGAAUGAUGUUGUUGUUCCAUUGGAUUAUUCCAUAGAGAAAAAUCAACAAGAACUCUCCAUUGGAACCCAAGAAAUGCCAUUUAGCUCACCUGAAAGGGAAACCAUGGAGCAAGAUAAUGAUACUGAAUCAGUUAUAGAUCUUUCACAAGUAACAUUAUCUGAAGUGAAGCAUAUUGCAACAGAAACAAUUGAAGAAGUACUAGCAACUCAAAGUGAGAGUUCAAAAGACGAUGAAGUAGAGGAAGUAGCGCAAAACCAUGUAAAACAAGAGACAAAGAUUUCAACACGUGACUCGGCCAUUAUAUUGGAGGAAUCUGAUCACGAAGAAGAGAGUCAUGAGCGAAGCAGCGAGCCAGAUGAGUCCGGUUUUACUGAAGGCAAAUCCAACUCAGAAUCAGAAAGCGGCGCUCCAAUUGAAGUAGAAGACAGUGCAGAUGACGCAGACGACGACGUAUUUGAGCAAGUAUUGGAAUCGCAAUCUAAAUGCGAACGAGUAUCUGUGAUUGUGGAUGAUGCGAAGGAAAUUGAAAUCCAACCGAUAGAAGAACCUGUUGUACAUAAAACAGUUGAGUCUAAUGAAGUAGCAAAUGUGGAACAAGAAAAACGAGAAUUACUAGAAGAAGAACUAUCAGUAGAAGAAAAAGACGAAGCAAGUGUGGAAGAAGAAACAGUAAUCGAUUUAACACCUGCGCCGGAAGACAAUCGAGUGACCGUGAUUCAGAAGACAGAAUCAAUCGAAUCGAUGGACAUGGACCAACCGACCCGAUGCUUUAAUCCACCUGCGUUGCGAGAACUAACCAAUGCGGCUUUCGAAUGCUAUCGAGUUCUUUACGAUUACCAACGAGUUCCUCCCCUGCGGACGCUCUGCUACGAGUACUUACUGGAAAACAACAGCCUUCCGCAACCUCAAUCAUUACAGAAAAUUUGCGAACAAUUUAUUUGCAACAAUCGUCAUUUGUUUAUCAUUGAGGAAGUGCGAAGUGAGCCACCACGAUUGCAGGAGCUGUGCCAGAAGGUACUGAACGAAACCAACAUCAUCAUUGAUGUGAACGAUUUUUGCAUCAUCGAUGAUGAGGUCGAACAGGAGAAGGAGACCGAAGGGAGAGUGUUUAUCGUUGAAGAUGAUCAUGGAUCAAUCGAGGAUUUGCUCAGAGAAAGUGAGGACAUGGGAGGGGAUGUCAUUGUGCUGUCAGAUGAUGUGGGCGAUGAGCAUGAGAUAUUUUUCGAAGAUGCCGGCUGUUCUGAAGAGGUUCAAGUAACGUUGGAAAGCAGCCAAUCACUAUCUGAUAGUGAUAAUGAGAUCUACAGAAAGGUUGAACGUGAAAUCGAAAGGAUGAUGACAACCAGCUCCGAUGAGGAGGAUGAUGCAUCGAAUCGAUGUGACGCAAUGGUGAUGCAAGAAGAGUUCGACAAUGAGUUCUAUUCAUUCGUUGGUGGAGACGAAUGCAUUCAAUAUGAGGAGGUGAUACCCGUGAACAAACAAGCCUAUAGAAGAGAGAGUUUGAUAAAUGAUCUCCAAAGGAAGUAUAUGGUUCCAAAAGGAAGGACGUUGACGUGCAGGUUGAAGUUGUUACGUAAAUAUGUUUAUUAUCAACGUUUCAUUAAAACGAGGGACCAUGGAAUGCAGUCGAAGCGCAGGUUCUUCUGUCGAAAACUCAACUGUUUGCGGAGGAAGAUCGAUGCAAUGCGACGCAGCGUCAGUGUUAGUGUAAUUGAUGACGACAGUGAUAGCAACAGCAGCACGUUUUCGACUGUGAGUAGUUCAAGCAGUAGCAGCAGCAGAAGUGGUAGAAGUAGUAACAGCAGUUCAGCAAGCUCCGCCAGCGGAAACAGUUCAGAGAGUGAAGAGGAGGAAGCGGCAACGGAGACGGAGACAGUGGAGCAAUCCAGUGCCCAUGCUUCGGAGGAUUCCUCGGCCAGCUCUUCUGUAGGCGAACGCCUAAUCGAAACCAAUAACAAUCAACUAGAUUUAAGUACCGUAACCAAACCGGCCAAGAUAGAAUCUCAGCAGUUUGCCAAAGAAGAAGACAACAGUAGUAAUAGCUCUGAUAGCAGAUCGAGAGGCUUCAUUCGACGAUCUGUCAAUAUCUCACCACUAGUAAAAAAGAAAAAACUAAGCUUCGAAGAAAGUUUGCUCAGCAUAGAAAAGAUGUACAAAAAGACCAGCAGUCCCUCGCAAUCAACAAGCAGUCCAAGCCACUCAAAUUCCUCAUCUCCUGUUCCCGUCAGAGCACGGAUCCUUACCAACGCCAACUGUGGCCCGAACGUGGUCGUCAAUGUUAACAACAACCGCGAAGCUCCGAGGAAGCUUAUCAUUCCGUCGUACAAGAUCUUCAAUCAGGCCCUUGCCAUCCCACCACCCGCCGACAAUGAAGCGUCAAGAACAAGUCGGCAACCCUUUAGAAGACGGAACAGCAGUGCCGGUAGCAGCUGCAGCAGCAGCAGUAGCAGCACUCGAUGCCACCUCGUCAACUGCACCCAACGAAGUAGUGGACUAAUUCGGGUAAAUUACCCAAACAAGCCUUCGCCUCCAAGGAAAUCGUCAGCGAGCAGCUCAUCCAGCGUAAACAAUGCGGUCACGCGAUCGCAUGCUAUCCCGGCGGGCUUCGAUCGACGCAUUCCGUUCGUCCGGUUAGAACGUAUCGAUUACGUCGAAAAGCUAGCGGAAAAGUACCGCCAACAGCAGCGGCAUCAGCAGCACCACCAGCAGCAAGAACAGUUUGCGAAACUACGGCAGAGGCGGAAGUCGACCUUUUCGUAAAACCCACCGCCGGGUCGCGUGUUCGCGUGAGUUCCAACGCGUAGAAGGGCGGUUAUCAAUGGCCAUUCGUAUGGGAUCGGACACAGAUGGGCAGUAUUGGUUGUUGUGGUUGUGAAUUUUUUUUUCUGCCAGCAUUUGCGGGGCAGAGGUGGAGACCGUUGCCGAAGGGUGUUUGGAAAAAUGUCGUCCGGAAUGGUUGGUGCGGAAAAUGGAUCACUUUUCUGGUUGACCGUGUGCGCAAUUGAAUGAGCGUGUCGCGUUGGUAAACGACCGUUGAGCCCGAUGGUAAUUUGCGGAUUGCAUCCGUUGGUGGGCUGUGGUGAACAUGAUGAUAAUGGCCAGACGGUUCAGAGUAUGAAAUAAAAUGGGAGAAUGCUUGGUAAGCUUAGUUCAAAAUGAAAUUUAUUAUGGUUCAUGGUAAGCAAAAAAAUGAAAGUCUUAGAAAGAUAUUCUGCUUUCCGCAACGUCCAAUUCAAGGCUAUUAUUUGCCAAAUUUCAUCCCUUUAGAUGAGCCACAGAAGUUCCUUUAAUUUUGGGCACCCCACUUUUCUUCCUUUUUUUAUUUGUUUCCAUAAGCUCCUAAAAAUCACCACAGCCUAAUGAAUGGGGAUUAUUUUUGUAGGAUAACGUAGCUAAGUCAACGGUAUCAAUACUACGUGCGAUAGCAUUGUGAAUCACCAGAAUAUCUGCACGCUCACGCAAAUGGAUGUACUGAACUAAUUUGUAAUCGAAUUGGUAAUUUUUUAGCAUAAGCUCGAAGCUAUGUUUAUAAAACAACAGCAAUAAGUCGAUAGUUUUUACUAUUUCGACUAAUCCGGUGAAGAUUGAUUGACAACUGUGGGUUGACUACAGCUGAUUUUUUUUCGACAUAACAUUCUUCAGAAUUGAACAUCUGAGGUUGGCUCUUUUCAUUAUUUCAUACUUGUAGGUCUGAUUGACUUCAAGUACAUAUUGGAUAAACAUCGAAGCAUCUGGCCAUCAUCUCUAUGUUUUUGACAAUCCGCAUAGUAGAGGAUCAAUGGUUUAUGAAUUUUUCGCCAUCCAAUCUCUGGAUGUAAUUUUCAAUGGGUCUUGUGAAAAUUGAAACGAUUCUUUUUCCUUCGUUUGAUACAAAUCGCGUACAUAUAUGAAAAAAUAAUUUUACCAGAACAGAAAAACCACAACGGAUUAAUUUGAACACAUUCUACGGACAAUUUAACGAUACAAAAGGUUAUUUACUUACGAGUGUUGUAGUGUGCAGAACCGCGAAUGCUAAAAUGCAGCUUUUUGUCUCUCCCUUCGUCUACGAUUCCUUCUCAGUGCACUAAAAACUCUCCGCUCAACGCUUAUCAGUUUGCUCUCGGUAUUCUCAUUCUCUCAACUUCUCAAACCACGUGCGUUUCCACGCUCAAAGCGAUCCAAGAAGCAGCUGCUCUCCAAAUGUAACUACGAUUGAGAUUACUCCACACGACCACUGGCCAUUCCAUCGUCGACACAUAAACAUUGUUAGUCACAAAAAGCCUCGUACUCGUCUGAAAUAAGCCCGGAACUCAAUAUUUUGCGUGAGAUGUUCUGAAAAAAUUUAAUAUGAAAAUAUUAUUUUACUCUAGAGUGUUCAAUUUUGUUUUUACUUCAAAGUUGAUAGAAAACAUCAGCUUUGUGUGGCCCAAACUCAAUGUUUUAAAAAGCUAUACCGUGUGUUGAAUUAUGUAAAAAGCUUUUGAGAGAGCGCUACGAACUGAAAGUUAAAAUUCGAGCACAACAACCAGCAUCGUUGAUCGUUAUUUCCGUGCGUUACCACCGUUACGGCACCUUGGACAACAACCACCAUGCCGCAUCCAGAUAUGCGACUUUUAUUCAUGUUACAUUCAAUUGUUUGUUACUUUGUUACGUUUCACCAAUCGUGAUUUCAUAAAUCAUUGUCGAAAAUUUGAACUGCUUUUAAAUUAUUAAUAAAAUAAACCAAUCGCGUUAGAUAUUUUAAAGUUGCUAAGAAUUUAAGUUUCCUGUGGUAUGAUUUCAUAAACAUAAAUGAAUUCUUAUCGUUUUGUUUUGGCAGUUCAUUAGGCGUUACUUUCCAUCUAGUCAAUAGAAGAAUUCGCUUUUCAAAGCAUAUAAUAGCUAAGGAUACAAAAAAGGGGAAAGAUUUUCCUUACUAGACAACUGUGGUGUUUUUUUCUGAGUUAGUAUUAAGGGAUUCACUUCUAGGAUUAAGCAUGAUAAUGAAACACACAUACACAAAUACAAUCACAAACCAAGUAUGGUAGUACAUUCCCCGUUUUAAAUCUAUUUAGCGAAUAAGUUUUUAUAUGUUAUUAUGUUUGUACACUCCCAAACCACCAGAAUUAGUUUUAACUCACCGAUUUUUGUAAUCACUUACUAUAACUAUCGUUGUACUAUCGUUUGUUUAAAAUGUGUUAAAUAUAUUCUAGAGAAGUAUAUGGGUAGCAUCCUAAAAACCAACCAUUCACGAUCGGAAGGCUUAUUCGGAAUUCUUUCUUGUGAAGAUGCAAAAACAAGCGAACCAAGUGCGUAAAAUCGAAUACAACACACUGAAUUUUAGUGCCUUGAAUGACAAACUUUGGAUGAACUAAUCACAACAGAUACAGAAGUAUAGUUAACUUCGGAUAUUAGUAGAAGAAUUCGUAAAAAAUAAAACAAACAUGAAUAAAAGUAUUUUGUGUGUACAAGUGCAAGACUAGCUUUUUUACAAAACAGAAAUGCAAAAAAUAACAUAAAUUGUCGAUAUUUACGAUAUACACAUCAAGUUUUACACUAAAAAAUUAAACCAGAAAAGUCCUUAAUAAAUAAUAUCGCUUGAUAUCAAAGAUUGAAACGUGGUGGCAUUUAUCGAUGGUUUUAUUUUAAUGAAAACAAGCAAAUUUUGGAUUGCUGAAAUGGAUCUACACAGUUGCGACGCAAGUUUAUGAUUGAUAUUCAACGGGAAGUCGAACUGGGACACCAACAACGCAUCUGUCAUUGGAUCGGAUCAAGAAGCCAUAAAAAUUAAAAAAAAAUACUAUUUAAAUAUUACAGAAAAAAACGAAAAGUAAAUAUUGUAUCUAUUUUAAUGUCCGUGUAAGACUAUUGUUUGCAAAAGACAAAAAUGGAAAAAAUAAAAAAAGUUUUGUUUUUGAAUGU